AUGGGAACUACCGCAGCCCCUGGAGGAUUCGGCAGUGCGGCGGGUGCUUCUUUUCCCUCAGGGACGGGUUCCAUUGGUGCCGGCUCCCCCACUGGGACUGGGGCUUCCCUCCGACCUCCUGCAGCAGGCCCCUGCAGAUUCGACUACGACACGCAGAGUGCGAUUUCGAAUUAUCUGUGCGAGGUGGAUCGUGCGUACAACGCGCUCGAUCCGCAAUGUCGUUUCCGUACAUUUGUUUUCAACGUGUGCGGCCCAGGGCAGGCGGAGGGCGCCAUCCAGCGGGAUCGCUACCUCGCCCACCUGCACGGUGGCGGGUGCUCCGAGGAGGACUGGAUCCAGGCGAUCCUCGCUAACCCAGACCCUCAGCGGCUCUACCCAACCCCGCUGCACUUCGCGCAGGAGCUCCAACAGCGCUGCAGCAAGCAGAAGGAGGAGAUCGAGGCCCUUUCGGAUCUAAUUAAAACCUACACCACCGAUGUGGAGGCGAUCGUUGCGCUUGACAAGGAGAACCAAGUAAAGCUCGCGGAGCUGAAGAAAGAGGACGUGAUGCUACGCCGGCGGUGGUACACGCUGCUGCAGAAGAUGGAAACCCUUCGCCGCCUUGGCAGACCCGACGGCGAGGAGGGGCUUCUUCUGCAGAGGCUGCAGCAAAUGCAGCAGGAGCUCUCCGCGCCCGGGCGUUACCGCAGCGCGCUGGAGCAGAUCCAGGCGUGGCUGGAGGAGGAGGGGGCGAGAAGAAGCCUGCGCAAGCGAGUCGAGAAAAAUUCAACGUCCCCUCCCGAUGGCGAGGAGCAGCCGUUGUUGCAGGUUGAAGUGGAUCGGGCGAUUAUGGAGGCGUGGCUGAAGUUUACGGGGCAAACCCAAACCGGGAUCGAGGCGUUGCACGAGCUCCUUCAAAAGGAUACGCGGGAUAUGCGUUCGGUGCGAAAUCGGAUCACGGCAACCUAA